AUGAGAAAAGGCGCUUAUCGAGAAAGUGGGCCCAUAGCAUUGUCUCAACUUGAUAAUACGAUCAUGACAAAUCAGAGCGAGCAGUCCGAUGUUGAAGCGUCAUCUCCGAGAGAUCUUAAUUUAAACUAUAGAAACAUAAAUUAUAUGGAGGGUAGUGCGUUUGGAAGUUACAAAGCACAUCCCUCGAGCGGGAUAGGCGCACGCAGCGCGGUACAGGGUAGCGGUGCUGGCGCGGGCGGUGAGAGUGAUGAGUCACCGCAAACGGCGAGCGCGCCGAGCGCUCCGAGCGCGCAGCCAAGCUGCGAGGCAGCGCCGAGCCGGACAGCGGUGCCAGCUGCGGGGCCAGCCCGUGUGUUAUCUUUCGCCGAGGUGACUAAAACAGUGCAGCGUCGGAAACCUAAAACGAGGUCAUAUCGUUAUUUGGGCGCCGCGGGUGUUUCUAAUGACGAGAAUUGUAAUUUUAAAGCAGCGGACAGAAAAGUACCAAUUUUUAUUACUAUUGUGCAUAAGGAGACGACGGAGACGGAUAUUGUGGAAUAUGUUUACAAUAAGACGCAAGAAAAUAUUAAACUGGAAAGGAUAUCUUUUUUGAGAGGUAACAAGGACUAUAACGCGUUCAAAUUUUUUGUUCCUGAGCGGAAAAUAAAAAUAUUUUUAGAUGCAACACUUUGGCUGGAGGGCGUUAUAUUCAGGCGAUUCGUUAACUUCAGACGAAAUAAUAGCAGUGGCACAAACGGUGUAGUAAUGAAUACCGUGAACGGCCCUAUCCCUGCUGUAAAUGGAUAA